GGAACACAAUUCGUUCGGGUUUUAUUUCUGUAUUUGUUUUGCAAUCGCAUCACUCUCAGAAUUCAAUCGAGAAGAUGGGUCGAAACAGAAUGUACUGGGAUGAUUCCAUGCCUGUCAAGGUCAUGGAUGAAUCUAUGACGAAGUAUAAGAUAAUGCAUGGACAAGAAGCCGUCUGUGUUCCGGCCGAGGGAGGAGUCUUUAACGGUUGCGGUAAGAACGAUGAGCCGAAGAGGUGUGUAAAUGAAGAGGGCAACGUCGAGUUUGAAGUUAAUGGAAUUAGAAAUGCCUCGGAAGCUAAUGAAAAUAGCACUGUAGAGCCGCAACAGGGACCCAUUGAGCACUUCAAUUUAGAUCUGAAAGGUGAAGAGCGCUAUAACCAGCUACUCAAUCAGUAUUACGAGCUCGAGGAGAAGAGGCAGAAGGUUCUAGAACAGCUGUAUCAAUCCGGUGCUGGUGGUUGGAACUACCAGGAUGUCAGCGCAGGGUCGGAGUUUGGAACAUCUUCUGCUUAUCAAGAGCUCCCAGCCUCUGCAAGCCAACCUUCUCAAAACCAUCCAAUACCCUCCUAUUUUCCCUCCAGUUUUCCAAUUCAAGCUGGUCCUGAAAGUUUGUCCUUCGCUGAUGAUGACAUUAUCAAAACUGCAAUGGAUUCUGCAGAAAGAGCUAUAUCCUCCGUGAAGACUGUAAAAAAAGAGAAAGAGAGCGAGAAACAUGAUGAUGGGGUAAUGGCGCAAAGUGGUCCAGUUGUAUACUCUGAAACAGACCUUUCUGCUGUUUUUCAUGCUUGGUAUUCUGCAGGCUUCUACACUGGCAAAUACCUUGUGGAGCAAUCUCAUCCAAAGAAACUGUGAAAAAACAAGCUUCCUCCUACAACUCUAUAAUCUUUUCACUCAACUUUGCUUGUACAGAACAAACCCAACUCUGAUCUAUAAAUGAGUUUCAAUUUUCCACUAUUUUCGUUUUC